AUGCGCCUCUCUAAAAUCACAGCCGCACUGGCCACUGCCUCCACCGCAUCGGCAGCCCUAACUUGGUCUCUCGAAAAGUCAUCCAGUCCAACCGACGAUGAAGCCGACGCAUACGGAUUGAUCGAGGCCGCAAUGGAAGCUGCAGUAGCCCGGCAUGCUCGUCUCGGAGACGCCAGCAAGUCCCUCAACGUCUACUACGUCCCCGGCGUCCCAACCGCUGAAGCGAGCUACGACGGAACAAUGCGAUUCGGUACCGACCGCAGCUAUCUAAACGAGCGGACAGCCCUGCAUGAGAUCUCGCAUACUCUUGGGAUCGGACAGACAGCUGCGUUCGACGAGAAGUGCGCCGCGAAUGACUGGCCUACUGCGACUCCGCUGCUGCAAUCCUGGGACGGUGGUGACGCGAUCAUCAACUGCGGUGGAAGCCACAUCUGGCCGUACGGGCUGAACUACAAUGAUGAAUGGAGCGAGACGAACGCUGAUCGUCACGUUGAGCUGAUAAAUGCGAUGCUUGCGGAUGGACUGUAG